AUGGUUUUUGCCAAACCACAUUUAUUUGGCCAGGAUGAAGAAUGGGAAUUUUUCAAAUCCCAACAUAGCAAAAUGUACAGCGAUGACAGUUAUACAGAGACAUACAGACGAUCUGUUUGGGAGAAGAAUUUACAAUUCAUCAAUUCCCACAAUAUGCAAGCUGACAAUGGUAUGCAUUCUUACAGACUCGGUAUGAACCAUCUUGGUGAUAUGACACGAGAAGAAAUCAACAAAAUGUUGAAUGGCUACACAAUGAAAACCACCAACAGUACUGGAGCUACCUUUAUGCCUCCAUCUAAUCUUGGUGAUCUUCCCACAACUGUUGAUUGGAGAAAAGAAGGAUACGUCACACCAAUCAAGGAUCAGAAACAAUGUGGAUCAUGCUGGUCAUUCUCUGCUACUGGUUCUUUAGAAGGUCAACAUUUCAAGAAAACUGGACAACUCGUCUCCUUAUCUGAACAAAACUUGGUUGACUGUUCUCGACCUGAAGGUAACAUGGGAUGUGCCGGUGGUUUAAUGGACCAAGCCUUUUCUUACAUCAAAAUGAACAAGGGUCUUGAUACUGAAGCUAGCUAUCCAUACACAGCUAGAGAUGGUAAAUGUCAUUUCAACAGAGCUAACGUUGGUGCUACUGAUGUCGGAUUUACAGAUAUUCCACGAUUCAGUGAAGCCAAUCUCCAACAAGCUGUAGCUACAGUUGGACCAGUCUCAGUUGCCAUUGAUGCCAGCCGAUCUACCUUCCACUUUUACAAAUCUGGUGUUUACAGCGACCCUGAAUGCAGCAGCACUCGAUUAGAUCAUGGUGUUUUGGCUGUUGGUUACGGUACUGAAGGAUCUGAUUAUUGGUUGGUCAAAAAUAGCUGGGGAACUGUGUGGGGUAUGGAAGGUUACAUCAUGAUGUCCAGAAACAAGAACAACCAAUGUGGUAUUGCUACAUCUGCUAGUUACCCAUUAGUUUAA